UGAUGGUGCCUUUCAGAUUCAUGCAAAACACUUUAUAUCAACUCGUGUUUUCUUGGUGUUUUCUUUUCAGAGAAUUCGUGAGCCACAUCCUUAAUGUCCCCCAUGUUUGAUUUAUUGCUUUGGGGAUUCUUUGUCUUCAAAAUGUCAAUUUACAGUUUGUCAGUCAGUGACAGACUGACAGCCCUGUCAGCAGGAGCAUCAUUUGCAGUAUUAAUAUCAUCAGUCUUCAGAUUGGACUCUGUAGCUUGAAAUAUGAAGCUUUAAUGCAAUACUUUUGACCUAAUAACUACUGGUCAGUCAAUAAUCUAUUGAUUUAUUGUGGUUUUGAUGCUACAGUUGCCAUCACCAACCUCUACGAAGCCCCUGGAGCAGAGAACUGCCCACAGACUAACUUGUGUUUGCUCAAUACUGCUUGAUUUGCAGCUUGAUUUAAAACUUUGCAGACUGUUUUCUCCAAUAUUGGCAACUAAAUCUGGAGCAUAUCUCAAGCUAAAUGUCAGAUUGUCCUUUAUCUGUGCAGCAGACUGUGUAUUCAUUCCUCCUGCCAAGUUUCAUACACGAGGAUCUUAGUCAGUGACAGCUGUGAUAAUGGAAAGCUUUGACAGGCAUCGUCUGAAAGCCACCUGCCAGUUAUUUCCAAAAGAAAAUCUGUCUUCCGUCUCCUCGGAUAUCACAUAAACCUGGCCCAAUCGCUCCAAAAUCUGUGCUCGCGUUUUUGAACUCCGUGUUUACCAAUUGCGCAGCCACACCCUGAGGCCUUAGAGCCGACAGUAGCUUCACUGUACGGUCAGAAUUCAUGUGUAUUUACCCAGUGUCGGGUUGAUACCUAUAUAAUGCCACGAUUGCUGUGUGUGUGUAAUUAAAAUGCUCCCAGAAAGUGAAAGGGGGUACUUGAUUCAACCUCCUGAGUUUCUUUGCAUGCGCAGGAAUUCGCUCAGUGGCUGAAACCCUUUGCCACACUGCUCCUGAUACUCACCGCACUGGUUUCAUCUCAGUCGGGGCUCUCUGCAGACCGUCCCCGCUUGCAUGCCCUGGAAAGAGUUUCAAACAAAUCGUCUUGUUGUGAGUUGGGAUAAUUAUCUGUUCUCUCCCGAGGUCUCUGGCUAUAAAAAUGCAAAAAACAUCUAUUUACAUCUUUUAGCUGCAAAAUGUAAAAACGCUCUUCAAACAGCAUUUUCCAGGCUUAUUUAUUUCGAGCCACAGACACGGAAAAAUGCAUUUUCAGUGUCCCUGCUGCAAACAAAAGUGGCAAUUUCCUCCGUUUUCAAUAUCCUUGACUGCUGUACCCCCUUCACAGUGCGCCUAUUUUUCUAUUUGUUCGACGUGCUGUUAGAGCUGUUUUGUUUGGCGUGUCGUUGGCUGUGUCCUGUUGUCUUACUGUGUCAGGGUCCACUGUGCCGUUUUCCACCAUAACUUGCUCAGCUGUGUUCUCACAAAGCCUGGCGGGAAUAAAAGCGGCUGAAAAGAGUUCGUUGUGCGACCACCUUUUGUGUCUUUUCUUCCAAGCUCUUCUUUAAGAGACAAGAAGCCAUCUGCCUGUAGACAAAGAGCUCGGCCCUGACUCCCUCCCAAGGCUAAAAUAUCUCUUGCCUAUUCCUCAUCUGCUGUCUUAGUUGUAGAGCUGAAUACUGCAGCAUGGUAUGUGUAGGUCUUUUUAGAAGAAUGCCAUUGACAAAUGUCUUCACCUGUCCUGUCACUUGUGCAGCCAGUGUCUCAUAGUUCUAAGAGACAAAAAUCUGGCGCACAAAAAGUCCGUUGCAGCUUCUUUGCUUUGCUUCCCAGACUGUAAGCUGCCAAUCCCUUCAUUUUUAUCUCCGCUUUGCAGUUGCCCUUUGGGUCUUUUUUCCUCUCUGCUUGUUCUCCAGCUCUUUAUCAUCACAAAUCCAAUGCUUGCAGGCUCUCUCACCUCUGCCCCUGCUUAAUGAAAUAAAUCAGCUGUUCUAUAAUAUCGCAACUGAAGGAAAGUGUUGCUGAGAUAUAGUGUUUUAUAUGAUGUGCAUCAUUUCAAAGCUCGCUGAUAAUUAGAGGAGCUUCGAGUCUUGUGCUGCUGUUUGCUGGUUGUUUACAAGCAGAGCUAAUAGAGACAAAUUUGGCGUGAACACAGCAAUAGCCCCCCACUGGUAAAACACUAUAAGGCUGCAGACCUUCAAAUGAGCUUCCUAUGGGAUUUUCCUUUGGAUUUGGGCACUGUGGGAUUAUUCCCUGUGUUGGGAUUAUUGCAGUAAUCCCUCCCAAUCCCAGUUAAUGGUCUGGCUCUGUUGGUCCUCCAAGACUGCGACGGUCAGGAGUGGGCUGCAGUCAGACUGUCUGGAAGAUCCGGUCUGGUCGGCAGCGUGGGGAAUUCCACCGGCCGACUGACAUAGCUGGAGGUCAAGAUCUUUGUGAAUGCGCACAGCCUCAGCUCUGUCUGUCUCGGGUCUGUCUUUGAGCAGGCGAGUGACCCGUUUAGAGGACCCCCGAGCUAGCUGAGAGCUGCUGGCAUCCGAGUUUUAUCUCCAGUUAAGUGAAGUGGAGUGUGUCCGGAAGGCAGUGCGCUAAUGGGAGAGUGCUCUGUGCUAUAAAGAGGGUGUCUGCACUAUUGAUCCUGCUUUAGAGAGCUGUUGAGCUGUGUGAAGCCAUUCUGACAGCACCCGACUGCCCUCACUCUCAACCUCCCAUGCAGCCCCUCCUGCCCAUCUAGGACCCUGGUUUCUCUCUCUCUCUUCCCCUUUCUGGGUGUGUGAAAGAGGACCAUUGUUUGAGGCACGUUCCUGCCCUCAGGCCGCCCAUUACCGGUGCUCUUCCCCCUGCUGCUGCUGCUGCUGCUUUCUCUCUGCUGCCACUGCAUUCAGACCAGAUGCAGAGUCAACCUCGCUCUAGCUGUCACCAGUCGCCCUCCUGGGUCAGAGGGGAGUGGAGUGCUGCCGCCGCCUCUGCGCUGGGCUGUUGCCGGCAGCGUCUACUGCACAGCACCCACGUCUCCCCUCAGCAUCUUUCCCCAGAGGAGCUGGAGUGUCUCUGGGAACCCGACCAGCCGAGCAUGGAGGGGGCCGAGGAGAACAGAGGAGGUUUGGGAGCAGAGCUGAUUACCCACAAGGCUAAAAGGCAGGAGAGGAAGCGUCAGGAGCUGCUGGCUUUGGCUCUGGGAGUGAAGGUUCAUACAUUUCGAGGGCCGCACUGGUGUGAGUACUGUGCCAACUUCAUGUGGGGCCUAAUCGCACAGGGAGUCCGCUGCUCAGAUUGCGGGCUGAAUGUACACAAACAGUGCUCCAAACUGGUUCCCAGCGACUGCCAGCCGGACCGGCGCAGGAUAAAGAAAGUGUUCAGCUGUGACCUCACCACGCUUGUCAAAGCUCACAACACGACCCGACCCAUGGUGGUGGACAUGUGCAUUCGAGAGAUAGAACUGAGAGGUAUGAAAUCUGAAGGUCUCUACAGAGUGUCUGGCUUCUCAGAGCACAUCGAGGACGUCAGGCUCGCCUUUGACCGAGAUGGUGAGAAGGCUGACAUCAGUGCCAGUGCCUAUGCAGACAUCAACAUAAUUGCUGGUGCUCUGAAGCUCUACUUAAGAGACCUCCCCAUUCCAGUCAUUACGUUUGACUUGUACUCCAAAUUUAUUCAAGCUGCAAAAAUUCCAAAUGCUGAAUCCAGACUUGAGGCAAUCCAUGAAAAUUUGCUGCAGCUCCCCCCAGCCCACUAUGAGACUUUACGCUACCUGAUGGCUCACCUCAAGAGGGUGACCAUGUUCGAAAAGGACAAUUUAAUGAAUUCUGAGAACUUGGGGAUUGUCUUUGGUCCAACUCUGAUGCAGCCGCCAGAGCAGAACGCCUUGACAACCCUGAAUGACAUGAGGCAGCAGAAGCUAGUGGUGCAGCUUAUAAUAGAGCAUGAAGAUGUCUUAUUCUAAGGACCGAGGCAUGAGGGCCUUGUCAAAAAGACAAAAGAAACAAAAAAAAAAGAAGGACAACUAUUUAUUCUGUCAAAGAGGAAACUCAAGCCACCUUGAUUCUAAUGAAGAUUCAGAACAGUUUGAACUCGAUACGCUUCUUUCUCGCAUGACAGUUUUAGUUUCAGUUGGUUCGGUGUUGACUUUGUCUUGUUACUGUAAGUUUUGAGUUUCCACAUCAGCCAAGACCAUCAUUUUAUAUCUGGAAAGGAUCCUGUUUUUUGUUUUCUUUUGUUUUUAACUACCUGCAGAGCUGUUCCCUUCUCUCUUUAAUUUGAAGACUGUCAAACCUACCUGGCGUAGAUUCAGUCAUGACGACAGCGCUGUGAGAAGUCCGCCCUGAGCGGAUCGUCAAUCAGGCCUGGUGCUGUGUAAACUAAACCUCACAGAUCGGCCGAGGUGAUGCUACAUGUGCGCAUUUUGAUUUUAGUGGGAACGCUGGUUGAAAAUGAAAAUGGUCCUUUCAUUGUAGAUAAAAUCAGAUCAUGUAAUGAUCAAUAUUUGAACUGUGUGUACUAAAAAAGAUCAGAAAUGAGACAACUGGACGCUCAUGAAGCACUUUUUUGCAACGAGUGUAAAGAUUUAUUUUGUAAAGAUGUUUAUUUUUGUCUUUUACUCUGCAUUGUUCUUUCGUUACGGUAACAUGCUGUUGAGAAUAUCUGUUGAAUUGAUGUCUGAAUACAAAAAAGUCUGAAAAGAAACAGCAGUUUGUGGAUCCGCAUUUUCAUUUUCAGUGUGUAUUUAAUGUUACGUGGGAAAAAGGCAGAUAGAUUAAACACUGGUCAUUGAUUCAUGUCCUGUUGAAGACUGCAGCACAUGAGCAAAGCUCCUCUGUACACAUGCUGCUUGGCGGUGUUGCAAUAUUUCAGCCUACAUGCUGUAAUUUGGAAUAGCUUCAAGUGUAAAAACAAGACUACGGUUCAAUUUUCCUUCUUUUUUUUAAUGCCAGUAACAUCCCACGGUGCAGCAGGAGUUCACAUUGCCAUAACUGUCAUGAAAAAGCUGUACUAAGCAUGUUCCUCUCAAACUUGGUUUAAUGUGAUUAACUGAAUCCUUUCUACAAAAUCCAUUUUAUCAAAUUGUAUUUUUGUGACAGUUGCAAUUAAAAAAAUGUAAUUUAUGAAAUGAUGAUUUAUUAAAGGAUGUAAAACUUGA